AAAAGAGGUCUGGCCGGGUUAAAGAGAAUAGCGGUGCCACUUCGGCAGAGGAGGAAGCACAAGAAGAUAAAGAAGAUAACACCAUCUUCUUCUUCUUCACCCAACAAAUUCAUGGAUAUCUGCCGCCACAUCAUUUUUCCCGUUAGACGCGUCUGGCUCUCUCUCUCUGCUCGCCUCAAGUCUCGCAAAAACGGAGCAGGAUUGCUGAAGCUUCAGGAUGAUGUACAGACUUGUGGAUAUCAAGAUGUACAAGUGAUGUGGGAAAUGCUACAAAGAACCGAAGGCGAAGUUGUUUUAGAAAACCACCCAAAGCGCAAGCAACUUCCAUUCUGGAGAAUCUUUGUGUGGUCCAACCAUACUGAGGUUUCAUCAGAAUCUACAAAUCACUCUUAAAAACCAGACUCAACUUUUUAGUUUACAAAUAAAACCGCUACUGAUGUAUUGCAGUCUGCAAAUGGCAAGCCACCAUCCUUUUAUCUUCCCAUUGCCAGCGUUGCGGAGGCAUGAUUCUUGUUCAUGGCUACUAAAACUAAGUACAUGUCACUAUGAUAACGAUAUCAUGAGGUUUCUCUUUUACAACUCAAACUGUAUUGCCCUAUGACACUAGUAUGUAAAUAUGCCAAUAGUUUGUCAAAACUCACACCCAAGAGCUUUUGGGAAAUACCUACUCUUUAUCUAACAGCAAAGCAUGUAGAUUUCAUGAGUCACUGACAUCAAAACAGCGUAGUAAACCCGGAAGAUCACAAUAAUUAACUAUGGUCACUCUUAGUAACUAGGUGCAGAGUGUUUUAAUUUGAUUAUUCUCACAGGUUUUGUCUGUAUGCCUGGUAGUUAAAUACAAGUUAAGUGUAAAAUCCCGAGUAAAAACUCAAAACUGACACAUACUGUAGAACAGUAUAAGUGGGCACAUUGUGGUAUUAUAAUCUAAUGUUUAUCUACUUGCA